UUGAGGAAGGGCAGUGAGAGAGAAUGGGAAGAAGUCCUUGUUGUUCAAAGGAAGGCUUGAACAGAGGUGCUUGGACAGCUCAUGAAGACAAAAUUCUGAGAGAUUACAUUAGAGUCCACGGUGAAGGAAGAUGGAGAAACCUUCCCAAAAGAGCAGGUUUGAAAAGGUGUGGGAAAAGUUGCAGACUUCGAUGGUUGAACUAUCUGAGACCAGAUAUCAAGAGAGGAAAUAUUUCCUCAGACGAAGAAGAGCUCAUCAUCAGGCUUCACAAGCUCCUGGGAAACAGAUGGUCUUUAAUAGCAGGGAGGCUUCCAGGGCGAACAGACAAUGAAAUAAAGAAUUAUUGGAACACGAACCUAGGCAAAAAAGUGAAAGAUGGAAACCAGAACCAAAGCACUACUACUAGUUAUCGAAAUGGAAACAAAACACAGAAUCCAAUCCCUAUGCCCACUCCCUCACCCUCCCUAGAUUCUCAUCUUGUCCGUACAAAAGCUAGCAAGUGCUCUAAGGUAUUAUUCAUAAACCCACUCCCUAACCCCACAAUGAAAUUGCAUAACACCGAGGCUGAGGCUGAAGCAGAAGAAGCAAUGGAUGCCAUAAGCAACGGCAACGGCUUCCUCUCAUUUCCCAACGAUGAAAAAGACCUCUCCACGGAUUUGCUCAUAGAUUUCAACGUCGGAGAUGUUUGCUUAUCUGAUCUUCUCAACACGGAUUUGGAUUUUUCAAACAUGUACAAUUUCACCUUCACUCAUCCCGACCAGUUAUCACCUUGUUCCGACCACGCCAAUCACGUCUUCUCUGAUCAAGUUCUCAAGGACUGGACGCAAACCGAUUUUUCAGACCAAACCAACAACCUUAGUUCUUUCUCUUCCUUCCUUGAGGACGAAAAACUAAGAGACGAAUAAUGCCAUGAAAUAAAUUCAAUAAAUUAAUUAUCUUCACCUCUUUACUCCUUCUCUUUCA